GCCAGACAGAGGAGGGAGAGCAGAGAUUGGGCGAGGAGGAGGAGGAGGGGGGGGGACAGAGGAAGGAGAAAGAGAGAGUGGUGAGGAGAGAGGCAUCGUCUCACUGAUGCUGAGUCACAUAACAGAGGGGCCACCGCUGCAUCCCAUGAGUCUUUGGGAAUAAUGGAGGAGCUUGAACACACCUGCCCUCAUCCGCGGACGACUCUCACCGAGCCUGCCAUCUUUGCCAGGGAGACCAGCUGCGAUUGUCGCGCGCCUCAUGAGAAACUCACCAUCGCGCAGGCCCGCAGAGGCACCCCAGUGGACCGGCCGGUCAGAGUCUACGCCGAUGGCAUCUUUGACCUGUUCCACUCUGGGCACGCUCGUGCUCUCAUGCAGGCCAAGAACCUCUUUCCCAACACCUACCUCAUAGUAGGAGUGUGCAGCGAUGAGCUCACCCAUAAGUACAAGGGUUUCACGGUCAUGACGGAGCACGAGCGCUACGAAGCGCUGAGGCACUGCCGCUACGUCGACGAGGUUUUGAGAGACGCGCCCUGGACUCUCACUCCUGACUUCCUGGAGACACACAAGAUCGAUUUUGUGGCUCACGAUGAUAUCCCAUACUCCUCAGCAGGAAGUGAGGACGUUUAUAAACACAUCAAGGAGGCAGGGAUGUUUGUACCCACACAGCGGACAGAGGGAAUCUCAACUUCUGACAUAAUUACCAGAAUUGUCAGAGACUAUGACGUCUACGCCCGGCGCAACCUCCAGCGAGGCUACACGGCCAAGGAGCUCAACGUCAGCUACAUCAACGAGAAGAAGUACCGGCUACAGAACCAGGUGGACCGCAUGAAGGAGAAGGUCCGCACGGUGGAGGAGAAGAGCAAACACUUUGUUUACCGCGUGGAGGAGAAAAGUCACGACCUGAUUCAGAAAUGGGAAGAGAAAUCCAGAGAGUUUAUUGGCAACUUCCUCGAGCUUUUUGGGCCUGAUGGGACAUGGAAACAAGUGUUUCAGGAGCGCAGCGGUCGAAUGCUGUCCUACGCUCUGUCUCCCAGGGAGUCGCCCUGCAACAGUCCCCCCCGCGAACUGUCCCCCCUGCGCUCCCCCUCGCCCCCUUCUCCCCCCUCCCGCUGGCACAACGCCCGGCCCUCCCCUCCCACCUCCCCGAAAGGAGCGUCGGCGUCGAUAAGCAGCAUGAGCGAAGGCGACGAAGACGAGAAGUAGACGGACUGCAGCGCGCACAGACACAAACACAAACACUUCACUCGUACACACACACACUUCACUCACAGUACACUGCCUGGGAACUGCUCUCACAUGCGCGCACACACACAGACACACACACACAUAUACUUGUACAAACGCUGGCUGGUCACUCAAACCUCAAGGAUGUUGCAAAUAUGCAAUGCGGACAGCGACCAUGGGAAACGUAGUUCUGAGCUGCAGAGCCAAGAAGCCAUCGCUGUCUCUGUUGUCGUGGCAACCAAGCAGCCCCGGAGGGAAGAUGUCACGUAUUGCUUGGGAUUGUCCAGCGCUGAUAGAGACUGUCCAACAACUUUUUUUUUUUUUUUUUUUGUCCUAAUACGUUAGCUCAUCCUGUUUUUUUUUUCUUUCUUUAGUUUUAAGAAGUUUCCUUGUAACUGUUGUGACCUCUAGGUGUGAAUAGGCCCCAAAGUUGCGGAGGAAACGCUGCAUCCGAAAUCCAGUCCUGCAGGUCACGUAAACGGGAGCUGGUUUCCUUCCCAUCACUGUGUACGUUUGGUGCUUGUUUAAUUAAAGGAGAGACACUGGACACGCUAGAAUAGCAGAGGUGACGCCGAGGAACGGCCUCUUUGCACUCGAGACACACGGUCGGUGCCAGUUUGGUGUAAAUUAUCACAGAUGAGACGUAUUUCAAUUCAGUUUUCUGUAAGAAAUUAAAAUGAGCCGAUCAGCAGUCUGCACGAAACAAACAAACAAAACUCUGAAGGAAACACAACUGAGGACAAAGGGGGGAACAAAGGUUUUGGGCAUCUAACAUAGACAUUAACAGCCCCUAAAAAUUAGUCGUAGUUCUAUUAAAUUGCUUGUGGGUCCCGUGGUUGAUGAGACAGAAAAUAACUCUCAUGUGGAUGUACUGAAUGUAAACUUGAGCCUCUUCUUAUUCCUCUGUGUCUCUGUGGGAAUGGGACACCAGACAUUGAUCUCGUUUGACGUCUCAGUUCUGAAAAUGCACCUCGAGAAAAGACGAAGCCGAGGAGCUGUGAGCGAGAAAAUGGCGGCAGCAGACGUUUUGACUUGUAGGGAAAUCACGGGUGCAUCACGAAUACGUUCCACUUAGGGGGAAGGUCCUGCUUUUAGUGCGCAUGCUGGUUCCCUGUCAGGGGUUUCUGGGACAUGUGAUGGAACCGUCCUUGAUCCCACCUGUGCUCACGGCAAAUCAAAAUGUCAGUGUAAGUUUCUGCCUCUCGUCACAUCCUCGAUUCUUCCUCGACUGAGAAGAAGAGAUGCAAGGAAAUGAGAAAUGAGAAGAGGGGUAGAUGCAGCUACGUUUGGAUUUUCAGCAUAAAAGCCAUGCAUUUCUUUCCUCGUUUUCUGCAGACGUUUUCCGACUCCUUAGAACAUGAUGUCAGCCGUCAAUACAACCAAGAUGAACUCUGACGAUACUUGAAAUGUACAAACAUCGAAGCUCGCCGCCGGUUAUUGGAAAUGUAUUCCACAAAUCUUUUGCUCAGGUCUGGAUGCUGCAGACCUCUACUCCCGAUAUCCCCCGCGAUAACAUCAAAAAAAAAAAAAAAAAAAAUA